AUGCGACCACUAUGUUGGCCAAAUACAGUUCAAUUAACAUUAAGUAUUCAACGUUCCAGCGAAAUAAUCCUUUUAUUUAAAUACAAUGCUUUAUCUGCAAUUGAAUAUUUGAACAUUACUAUUGAGAAUAUGAAUACUGAUCUAGCUUUCAAUACAGAUAUAUCAGCAAUGGACAUUCAACUUUCAGAAGAUUCCCUACGACAAACGGCUGUUGUUAGUACUCAUCUGAAACAUUUACUCUUACGCUACAUAACUUUGAAUGAUGCUAUUAUAUUGAUUGGUUCGUCAAUCAUGCCUGUACUUGAAGAAUUGAUACUUAUUAAUAUGUAUGAUAACACUUUAGAUCAUUUUGGUCAAUUUCAAGAACUUUGUAGUUCUACAUAUUUACCUUCUUUGAAAACGCUUCAUUUCUCACUAUGUUUUCCUCAAGAAAUCGAACAUGUAUGGAGAAUGAAUUCAUUCAAUUACAAUCGUCAAUGGCCUUUUGAAAAUAUUAAUUCUUAUAUAGAUGAGAGUUAUAUGCGUGAUCUAGAUGAAGAAAAAUUUAUUCCAAAAAUCCUAUUUUUUAUCUAUAACUGUCUAAUUAAUCUUCUCUAUCGUCAUAAACGAGCUUUUCACAACUGCGGUUUCGCAACACAUGCAUCUGCUCCUAUUCGGACAAUUCGACGACGAUCUAUUCAAUGGAUAUGUGAUCAAAAAUAUGAAGCUGAGCAAUUUAACAAAACUCUACAAAUAGUUGCAAGUGGUCAAGUUACUGAACUCCGUCUAACAUAUUUAAAUGAACGAACAAAUACAUUAAUAAUGUCAGAAUGUAAAUCACAUUGGAAUUUAUCGCUUAAUCAUAUACGAUCCAUUACAUUCAACAUACAAUCAGAUUCAAUUCAGCAAUGCGAACGUAUCGCCAUGAUCGAACAAAUUCUUGAUGCAUCACCAAAUCUUUCAUCUCUUGUAAUAGCAUGGAGAGAUUUUCAACAUUGUUCACAAAAAUACUUAAAUUUGAAACAUCUGCAUCUCUUAUUAAAUGGAAGAUUCAAGAAUCCUAAACAUUAUUUUGAUAUUCAUCGAUUAAAUGAAUUAGUACCUCAUCUAUAUACACUCGAAACAAGUGAUUCAGUUAUGAUGCUGAAUGAAAAACUUAUUGAAUUUAUUUUGAACAUUAGUCAUCAGUUUGAUCAACUAGUCUAUUUGGUGUUGAACAAAAAGUGUUUAAAUCGAUCUAGUGGCAAAAAAAAACUCGAAUUCACAGACAAAUUAAUUGCAGCUAGUCAUGAUCAGAUAUUUCAUGGUUAUAAUAUGCAUUUUCAGUUUUAUGGAUAUGAUGAACUACGUAUUUGGUUCUAA